AUGAAUCCAGCCAUUUUGUUUUGUAAAGUCAACAGCUCCACAGGAGAUGAAGCAGGAGCGAGAGCUGAGCCCCCCACCCAGUCCCCCAGCCUGCGGAAUUUGGAGCAGGAGAAGGAUAAGGAGAUCAGGGAUCUGGAAGAGGCAGUGAGACUGCUCGAGGAGGAGAUUCAGGGAUUCAGAGAGAGAAAGAAAGAGCUGAAAAGAGAGCUGAAGACCCUGAAGAAGAAAAUAGCAGGAGUAGAGAUGGAGACUUCAAAAACCAGACAGACAAAGCAGGAAUGGAAGAAAGAGAUGGAAGCAAUGAAGGAAAGAAUGAUACAGGAAGAAAAACAGAGGGAGGAAAAGAGGACGGGACAAAGGGAGGUCAUCUGUAAAGAAAUAAUCAUUACUGUAGCCAAGACAGAAAGAAAAAUGGAAGAAAAGAAAGAAAAGCAGGAUGAUAGGAAGAUGGCUACAGUCAGUGAGAGGCAGGAAGUUGUAAAGGAGAAGAAGAGUGAAGAAGAGCUGCUUGAGGAAAUGGAGAAGCAGAGAGAGGAGGAACAGCUGAAAGAGAGGAGAGAGAGUCAGGAGGCAACAGAGAGCAGAAAAGAAGUUGUGAUCGAGAUAGAGAACCUACAGAUGGAGCCUGCAGCACCCAGCACGUCUAGGAAAAAUGUGGUGCAGAGAGUGCUGUCCAGUGUUCUGUCCAGUAUUCACUCUGGAAUUCAGUCCUUCAUAGAGUUCCGGAAAAAAUUCUCAAUUCAGCCUGUUCAAGAUGAGAAAGAGGAGCUUAAGGACAAGUCCCCAUCUCGUCCAUUGGUGCCACUCGGAGCUCCGACUGGGGUCCUGACUAUACGCAUAAGAAGCUGCAGAGACUUCAGGAAAAACACACGUAUACAGAAAGACACUCAGUGUAUGGUGAGGAUCACUGUUGGGAGAAUGGUGAAGUGCUCCAGACUGCAGCCCUUCGAAGACAACCUGACCUUCAGUGAAGUGAAACACUUCUCCAUACAGAUCCAAAAAGAAGGGGCUCUAGGGGUCCAGGAGUCCAGUUCAGUGAAGGUGGAUUUAAUCUCUUUUGGUGGUGAUUCAGCUGCCCCCAAACUCAUGGGCAGCACCACCAUCAAGCUGCAGGAAGUCCUUUUUCAGAAAUCAUCGGUUAGCCAGCAGAUUGAUUUGAGGCUUGGAAACAAAAAAGUGUGCAAGUUGGAUGCAGACCUGACUUUUACAUACGGGUCCUUUGGCUAUGGGUACUCUCACCAGAUGAAACAUCCUGGAAGAAAGAUGAAGAAUCUGGUGGAGGAGUCCCUCUUUCUCCGCUGCCCACCUCCUGAGGACAGAAGAGAUCCACACUACAAUGUGACGACCCCUUGCAGACCAUCCUCGGUCAACAUCAUGUCAUCUCUGAUACAGCGAGACGCACAGAGAGACAAUAAAUGCAGAAUAUCAGCUGGCAUAAUGAACUGCAUGGAGAGGAGAGGCAGGUUGUCACAGCUUCAUAAAGACUUGGAGGACUGUGAGACAGGAGAGGAUAGGGUGCAGUUACUGGAGAGUUUGAUCUUGAAGACAGGAACUCGCACCAGCUCUCCCUGUAAAACGAACCAGAGCACAGAGAUCCGGUCUGAAGAGGCGGAAGAAAGGAGAAGAGAGGAGAAUAGUGAAGAUGGAAAGGCAGAGGAGACAGUUAAAAAAGGAAAAGCAAAAUGUAAGAACACAAAAUGACCAGCCUACGACUGACUGCUGGUGAAUCCUCCUGAGCCUCAUAUACAGUACAGAAUGGAAUGUGGUGUCUGAAGCUCAGAUGAUGAUGAGCCCCAAUUUUCACAGCUGCCCAGCCAGAUUUCCAGUCUCCUGCUCUGAUGGUCUCCCCAGUCUCCAGCUCAGCCAGAAUCACAGUCUCUCUUCCUGCAUUGGCUCUCAUCAGCAACAGCACCAUCCUGUUUUCCGCCUACUCAACAUUCCACACACCUGCAGCUGAAUCAAAAACUCAUUUACGAGAUAACAAAUACCUCUAGCUUUGGUCUCGUCUUUUGCAAAAUCUUGUAAUUCUCAUGUUCAACUUUCUCAGUGUUUACAGUUCUUCGUUUUUCUGUGAUUUGGCCCCUGCUGUUUUCAGAUUAUGGAUUUUUCUUGUCUGCCUGCCUGCCUGUGGACUGACCACUGCCUGUGCCCAUGACAAUGAGUACUGGAAGCCCCAUUGAAGCUGGUCAACACAUGUGGCCUGCCUACACUUCUAGUUUACAGAUGGCACUGAUCCAGUACCAGGGCUGUCUAACAUGGCGGGUGAAGCACUUCCUAACACAGCAGCAGGU